AUGUGUGGUAUCGGACGUCAGUCGCUGUUAGCAAACGGCAAAUGUUUUCAAUGGUUAUCCAAUCAAAGUCUAACACCCAGUGAACUGAAUAAUGGACGCAAUGCAGGACCGGGUGAAGUGCCGUUUGCCAAAACAGUUGUCCAUUACAAGUAUCCCAGGAGACGAUUACAGGCUUACGAUAUGGCACUCAUCAAACUUACAGCUGACUUACCGCUUAGCAGUCAACUGUCUAAUAAUGGUUUUAAUUAUCGGAGACUAUUGAAUGGUAUAUGUUUGCCACCGUUGGAUGCACUCAAUAGCGAGGAUGAGUUGGCACUGAUGGCCGGUUAUGGUUUAGUAAGCGAUACAGAGGAAAGUGAUAGACUUAAAAUUGGUUACAUUAGGAUUAAAAGGACUUAUAAUAAUGCCAGAGAUUAUUGGCGUAUGAUUAUACUCGGGGAACGGUAUCCAUCAUAUAAUGGCACCUUUUCAUGUGCGGGUGAUUCUGGUGCUCCAUUGUAUCAGUAUGUAAACGGUAGGGCCGUAUUGAUUGGCAUAAAUCAUGGUCGCACUGUUAGUAAUCACAAAUGUGAUGCAAUCAAUGACGGGGCUUAUGUAAUAUUUGUAAGGAUAUCCUGGGUUAAGCAAGUGUUGUGUUACUAUACAAAUGUCUGGUCGUCCAUUGAAAUGGGUGACUACCCGAACAUAACUUUCCCUAUGAUGUGUGAUAUCGGACGCCAAUCACUAAUAGCAAACGGCAAAUGUUUUCAAUGGUUAUUCAAUCAAAGUUUAACCCAUGAACUGAAUAAUGGACGCAAUGCAGGACCGGGUGAAGUGCCGUUUGCCGUAUAG